AUGCUCCGCUUGAUCGUAAUUGCUGCUGUAGCCAGCGCGAGCUUAGCUUCCCCAUUCUUCUCCCAGCCUUUCGAUUUGACGACACGAGCAGAUUCCCUGACAUCUAGCUGCUCGACAACGGGGUCGGCGUCUUGUCACAACACAUCGUCUGUGUCCAACCUCUGCUGCUUCGAGUCUCCUGGAGGACUGCUCCUACAAACUCAGUUCUGGGACACCAACCCUUCUACUGGACCUUCUGAUAAGUGGACCAUUCAUGGGCUAUGGCCAGACAAUUGCGACGGGACCUUUGAGCAGAACUGCGAUCCUUCCCGUGCAUACACGAACAUUGCUUCGCUUCUGAGCUCCGGUGGCGCAAGCGAUACACUCUCCUUCAUGCAGACGAACUGGGUGGAUAUCAAUGGCCAGAACGAACAAUUCUGGGCGCACGAAUGGAGUACCCACGGCACCUGUAUGAGCACCUUGCACACGUCAUGUAUACCAAGCGGGAGUGUCAGAGGUACUGAGGCAGUAGCAUUCUUCCAGACUGUUGUCAAGUUGUACAAAACGCUCCCAACUUUCGACUGGCUUGCUGGCCAAGGAAUUAGGCCUAGCACUACACAGACGUUCACAUUAGCCACCCUGACAUCAGCUCUCAAGACUGCUUCUGGAGGCUUUACACCUGCAUUGGACUGCUCUUCUGGUGCAUUGAAUCAGAUCAGUUGGUACUUCAACCUUCGAGGUUCCAUUAUUGACGGCACGUUCGUUCCGAUAAACGCACCGAAAGCCGGCUCCUGCCCAUCUAGUGGAAUCAGGUAUCCCCCGAAGAGCGGCUCUGGUACUCCUAACCCUGGUGGAUUACCUGCCAAAGCUACGAUCCACGCCAUUAGAUCUGGUUCUCAAAUCGGUGGCCUACUGUCCUUGGGUACCUGGUCCACGCAGACUCUGGCGACUUUUACCUUGACGGGCACAGCUUCGAGUUUCACGAUGACUUCGUCGAAAGGGAACUGCGGUGUCAGUGGUGGAAGUUUUAGCUGCGGCAGUGGUGUGAGCCCGACGACCUUCUCUGCUGUAACGUCAGGGAGCGACCUCCUUCUCGCUUCGGGUGGAUCGACGGCGUGGGGCAGUGACGGUACACCUAGUGGCUCGACUGUAUUCACUGUAUUCACGGGAUCCAGCCACUCGCAAGAUUAUACCUUGACUAUCGUGGGUGCAUAG